CACACAGCUGGGCCCAGCCUUGGCUGACUUCUCUCUGCCUAGGGAACCCCCGGGACCUUGUUCUUAUUCCCCAAGAUCAAGGCGGCAAUUGCCUCUGUCCACAAUGAAUGUCGUCCUCUCCAGGGACAGUCAGGUGAAGGCCAUGGAGAACACUGUGACCAAUGCUGAGAGGUAUUUCGGUCAGUUCUGCUCACUGCUGGCCUCCUACACGCGCAAGACAGCCCGGCUGCGUGACAAGGCUGACCAGCUGGUGAAGCAGCUCAUGGAUUUUGCCAACACUGAGAACCCAGAGCUUCGGGCUACCAUGCGAGACUUUGCCGAGGACCUGGCCAAAGUGCAGGAUUACCGGCAGGCAGAGGUGGAGAGGCUGGAGGCCAAGGUCAUCAGCCCCCUGAAGCUCUAUGGAGCCCAGAUAAAGCAGACCCAGGCAGAUAUCAAGAAAUGUAAACGUGUCCAAAAUAAUGAGAUCAAACAACUGGAAAAGCUGGAGAAAUUAAGGCAGAAGUCGCCCUCAGAUCGACAAAUGAUUUCCCAGGCGGAGACCAGCGCGCAGAGGGCCUCUGUGGACACCAACCGCUCUACCCACCACCUGGCAGAGACAGUGGACGCCUUCCAGGAGCAGAAGCUGAAGGACCUCCGGAGAAUCUUCUCUGACUUUGUGACCAUCGAGAUGGUCUUCCACGCAAAGGCAGUGGAGGUGUAUUCCAGCGCUUUCAGGACCCUGGAGAGCUACGACCUGGAGCGAGACCUGCAGGACUUCAGGGCCAAGAUGCAUGGAAUUUAUGGGCACGGUGAAGCUCGGCCACCCACAGAAACCAGCCCCUCUCCAUCUGUCCCUUGGCCUCUGGUCAGCCAGAGUGUUCAGAGUACCAUGGCACACCAAGGAAAAGAUGAGGAGGAGAGCGAGGCAGACUCUGUGGAGGAGAUCCCCCUGGAGGACCUCAGGGGACAGCAGCAGGGAGGCCAUGACUAGGAAGAGGAUCCAGCGGCAGGUGGAAGGCCUCAGCUGGCCUGGACCCUGGUGGGCUCUGCUUGUGUCCUCAGGUCAGGGAUCCCCGUAGUCUCACUUCCCUUAUCGGCACAGCAGGCUGCUCUGCGGACUCCUACUCCUGGUGUCAGUGAGAGACAUGUGACUCUCGGUAGCAUCCUUGCUUUGCCUGUUUCCUGCCUUCAUCUGGGGACAGGAGUCUCCACACUUGCGUUAUGCUAAAGAGUGGUGGAUUAGUUUUGGGGGUCAAGUACCACCAACUGGGAGGCUAAAGCAGCAGAAGCAUAGACCUCCUUGCCCAGAAUCUGCCAUCCACAUCAGGUGUUGUGGGUAGGUACAGGCAGCCUAGGCCUAUGUCCAGCUUCUGGCUUGUACAGCCUGUUCCUAUGGCUAUGAUGCCGAAUGUCUGCUUUUGAUUCUACACAGUGUUCUUCCUGAGUGCAUCUAAGUCUGUACCCAAAUGCCCCUUUCUGUAAGCUCAGGGUCCCUGCUGUGGUUGCCUUCGAACCCCUGCACAAGGACCAUUUGCAGGCUCUGCACCCCAGGACUUGAUUCUUCAAUACAUGAACUUGGCAGACAGGCACAGAUCUCAGCCAUUACACAGACAUGGCAUGAUCUAUACAGUGGCCACGGGGCCAUGAACACACAGAGGUUCACAGUGGGGGUAGGUAGAGGGUGGGUGGGCACCUCCAGGAGCAUGUGUAGGGUGAUCCCUGAGCACACUCUUCAGGGGAGCUGUUCCCUAGGAAGAAUGAGGCCAUCAUGAGCAUGAAAGGUCCUAAAUUUGAAACAAUGUACUCAUGGGUGAGUUCCACAGACAACUUGGGUGAGCCCAGGCUUGAUCACCCCCUAGGCAUCAGGGUGCCCCUGGCCCUGCCUCCUCUCUAAGCCAAAACACUCCCACGUGGGAGACCCCAAUUUGGCCCCACAUGACAGGUGGCGAUCAGGUACCCCACAUGUCCAAGUAGCAGGCCACACUCUGUCCUCAGGCAAACUCUAGCCCAGCUUCCGGGUCUAGAGGGGGGUGGGGCUAUCUAUUUCUGCAAAGCUCGUGACGUGACUAUGUAUUCUGCGAAGUCCUCACAGAUAUGUGAAAACAAGUUAAUAUGACUUCUUUUUUCAAAGAUAAUUUAUUUCAGCUUUCACCUCCUGACAAGUCAAGGUACUAUAUAUAUGGAUAGGUACACUUUUUUUUUUCUUCACAGGAAACAGCCCUGCCUGAGAUCCUCAACCUCAUAACUUUCUCAACCUUAAUUUUAGAACAUGACCUGGCAGGGCACCAAGUUGUGUAACUAACAUAUAAAACACAGCAUCACUGGGGGGCUUCUGGCAAAAAAUGGGUAUGGAACCCUAAGAGAGAACAGACCGCACAGGCGGAGUCCCCACAGGAACUGCACUGGGAACCGGGUAUGGCAAGGCAGCCGACGGUCCAAGUCCUCACAUAUGCUCCAUGGGGAUACAUGGCUGCUGUCUGAGACUAGUGUCUCCCAACAGUCAAAUGUCCAACUCAUCCCUCUCAGGGAUCCCCAUUCUGAAUGAAGUGACGGUUUCAGGCUACUGACCAGCGUUCUUCUCCCCAGCUGACCCUAUGCUAGCGCCUCUUGCAAGCAUGGCGGUGAGCCAACCUUUCUCCCCCACCCCAGGCAGGGUCUCUUUCCUCCUUUCCAUGAACAUAGCCAUCAUCUAGCAGUAAGGGCUCCUCAGCUCAGGAGCCAAGCCAAGGCAAUCCAUGGGCAGGGGUCCUUUCUGGAUAAAGUUCUCUCUCUGAAGUUGAGCAGAGCUUGUAACUGAACUCAUACCACUUCCCAUCAGAGCCUGGAGUCUACAGUGAAGCUGGUCCCCCAAAGCACCAACUUCCUGAGGAGCCCCAUGAACACAGCCCAACUUGGGGUGGUGCUCCCAGCUCUGUUUUUCAAAGCUCAGACUAACUACCAGAGGGACAUUUGCAUAAGCUUCCCUGUCACCCUGCAGCAGGGCAAACUGGCCCACAUCACUCUCUGGACCCCAUCCCUCUCCAGGAGCAGGUGGCAUGCUGAGCCAGAGUCUCCAGGGGAACUGCAGUACAGAAUGGAGGCCCUGCAGGAGCCUGCCAUGGAAGGUGGCCUUAGUAGGGGUAUGUUCACCACAUGUGAGCAGUCUGGAAAAGACGGGUCCGCUCAUUUUCUGACCUAAUAGUGUACUCCCUGAAGGGGUGGAGCACAGGAACCCAGCAGCAAGAGGCCUGUCCAGUCAAUGAGGCCCAUUCCGUGGGCAUCUACCGGCAGCUUCUCAAGCUAAACAAACCUGAGACUGUGGCUGUGAGGAUGGAUCUGAAGGAAGAUGGGAGGUGUGGGGGCAGGAGCCUGGAACCCAGGAACCACUGUUUCCCCGAGGCUUUAGGCUCAGAGCCACCUCCUAGAGGCCCUUCCUAUGUGUUCCACACAAGAAUCCUCUAGUUUUGGAGUCUUCUGGCUGUCCAACUGCAGUCUGGGAACCGGGAUAAAGCUGUUCCAGCUGUGCAGA